AUGUCAAGACAAGCACAAGGACGCAAAAUCGCCAUUAUCGGCUCCAGCGGCCAGGUUGGACAGCCGACAGUCAAGGCUCUUCUCGCACCUGGCAUUCACACUAUUACUGCUGUCCAACGCAUCGAAGCAACAAGCACAUUCCCGCCUGAAGUCAUUGUCACAUAUGGUGAUCUGAAAGACGAGUUCUUCUUGGCGAGCACCUUCCAAGGACACGAUGCUGUCGUGCUCAUGCCACCUCUCCCCCACCUUGUCAGUCUGCAAGAGCCAGCAGUUCGAGCAGCAGCAAAAGCUGGAGUUCCAUAUAUCCUACCUGCAGAGUUUGGCCCAGACCCUUUCUCGUCAAAGCUCAUAGAGGAUAAUCAACUACUGCAAGACAAGCAGAAGAUCCGCGAUCUGAUUGAGGAACUCGGUGUGAGCAGCUGGAUCUCAGUAGCCGUCGGCCCGUUUCUCGACAUGAACAUCAAAAGUGGUCUUUGGGGCAUCGAUGUUGCGAACCGCAAAGCUACAAUUUGGACCGGAGCCGUUGGCAAGGUCAACACAUCGAGUGUUGCACAGACCGGUCAGGCUACGGCUGCAGUACUGAGCCUCCCUGGACGGGACUUGUCCCGGUGUAAGAACAAGGCUUUCUAUGUGCCAUCGUUUCGUCUGAGCCAGAAGGAGCUUCUGCUAGCAGUUCAGAAGGCAACAGGGACGGCGGACCAGGACUGGGAGAUAGACUACCAAGAUGUGAACGAUGCAAUGAAAGAUUGUAAUGGCAAGAUUCAGCAGAAAGAUGCCGCUGCCCCAUUUGUCAAGUUCUUCCUUACGCAUUUCCGAGAGGGGAGUGGAGGGGACUUUGAAAGCAAGGUCGACGUCAGUGAGGUGAAGAAGUUGCACGAAAUUGGACUUCAGAAGGAGGCUAUCGACGAUGUGCUUGAAAGGACUGUGUCAUAA